GCGGACCCGGGGGCCCGGGGCCGCAUAAAUUCCCCCCGCCGGGUCCAGGUCCCGUUUUUCGACCUUCAUCCCUCCUCUUCCUCAGCAUGACCGGCAGGGAGGAGCUCAGCGAGGACAAGCCCAGGGUGCGGAUGCUCUCCCCGGGGUUCGGCAUCGACAAGGCCCGGCUGCACGGCUCCGGGUUCCGGUCCAAAGGCUUCGCCAUCACCGACCUGCUGGGUCUGGAAUCAGACCUGGCGGCGCGGCAGCAGCCCGCCGGGGCGCCGUGCUUCCUGCCGGGACACCUGCCGCUGCUGCAGGCGCGGCCAGACGGGCACUACAUGCAGAACCUGGAGGCCCAGCGGGAGCAGUACUCCGAUGAAGAAUGUCUGUCGGACCGAAACGACUCGAAAAGCUCCGGAAACUCCCAGAAGAGGAAGAAGAGGAGACACCGCACCGUCUUCACCUCCCACCAGCUGGAGGAGCUGGAGAAGGCCUUUCAUGAGGCCCACUAUCCGGACGUCUACGCCCGGGAGAUGCUGGCCAUGAAGACGGAGCUGCCGGAGGACCGGAUCCAGGUGUGGUUCCAGAACCGGCGGGCGAAGUGGCGGAAGCGUGAGAAGUGCUGGGGCCGCAGCAGCGUCAUGGCGGAGUACGGUCUGUACGGCGCCAUGGUCCGCCACUCCAUCCCGCUGCCGGAGUCCAUCCUCAACUCGGCCAAGAACGGCAUGAUGGGUUCCUGCGCCCCCUGGCUGCUCGGUGAGCCGCAUGCACGUCAGUGCCACGCACACGCACACCGGCAGCAAUACACACGCGCUCACUCACAGCGCCCCCUGCUGGCCGCCUCCCGUUCUGACCUGAUCUGGUCUGGCUCCGCCCCCUCAGGUAUGCACAAGAAGUCCCUGGAGAUGGCCAAGAAAUGCUCCAGCCCGCCGCCGCCCGAUCCGUUCUGCGACGCUCCGGAGCGGCGCGCCGAGGGGGCGGGGCUUCUGGAGGGGGAGGAGACAGAUGAAGAAGAGGAGGAGGAGGAAGAGGCCAUCGACCUAUCCAGCUCUGCCAAACAGUCGCAGCAGGAAGAGGGCGGGGCCUCUCCAAGGACCACGCCCUCGCCUCAGCAGGAGAGCAGCGGCGAAUCAGAGGAACACAGCUGAAGGUGGGCGGGGCCUGCUCUGACUGGCUGAUGGGAACUGCAAUCUGAUUGGCUCUUCCUUCAUGAGGAAGCAUCAUCUGUUGCCAUGCAAACCUGCUGCAUUUAGGCGGAGUUUAUUUAUGUGGCAAGUGGAGCAGGGCAGCCCCACCCACCCGGGAACCAAUCAGAGAGGAGUGGGCGGGGCUAGAGGACAGGCUGAAGGUUCUGCAGAACCUGGAGAACUUCACUGGACCGGGUCAGACUCCAGAACUCCAGGAUCUGUUUGGUUCUUUUCCCCGUUUUCCAUCUGUGUUGGGUGGAAACUUCCUGUCUGUUCAUCCAUGUGUUUGGAGAUCAGAAUGUAAAAUACAAACUAUAGUUACUGUUUAUGGUUGUUGUUGUUAUUAUUAUUACUAAAUGUCUGCACAGCCAUUGGUCACCAGAGUGAAAAAUAAAAAUAAGAUAUUUUUUGGAGGAUCUGA